AACUACGACAUGGCUGACGACGAGGAGCGUGCGGCGAAGGCGGCGCGUGCCAAAGCCUUGCUCAAAAAACGCCAACAGAAGAAGGCUGCAACUGCGGGUGUAGCGUCACCAACAAGCCCGCCUUCCCGGUCAUUUACACCAGCACCUUCGGAGCCGGAAGCCUUGGAAGAAGAGAAACGAGACUUGGGAGACGUGUUCGACGUGUCGAAAGGCGAGCCGGACACGUCUUGGAUUGACUCUUUAACGAGAGUCCCGACCCCUCCACCACAAACGAGUCCAGCUCAAACUGUUCCUUCGCCACCAUUACGGACAGCAACUCCCCCGCCACGUGGUCCCUCGAGACACAGCGUGCUUUCGCCCCCACCGUCUCAUUCGGGGAAGGAAGCCGAACUUGAGAAGGAGGUUGCUAAGCUACAGACGAAGAUUGAAGCAUUGGAGGCGGAUGUUGGGCAUUUGAGGCCAUUCGAACCCAAAGCAAUACAAGCAGAAGCCCAGCUCGUCGAGUCCCAAGCGACGGCCCAGGAUUUGCAAAGACGCGUUCAGCAGCUAGAAGCCGCUAAUGACGAAUUGCAGCAAAACCAGCAACAGACCAUCUCGCUGCUAGUUUCUGAGAAGGCCUCGUUGACGGCGGAGCUGGAAAGGCUCGAAGGAGUCGAGAGCCGGGCAAGGGCAACGGAAACAGCUCUCGAUGAAGAGCGCAAGACGGCCAAAGAUCUUGAUACUACUGUUCAGAGACUUAGGACCGACCUGAAUGAAGCGACCGUCAGGAUCAAACAGUCUGAAUCCAAAGAGAAGGAAAUUUCGGAGAAAUACCGCGAGCAAGAGCGGGAACUUCAAUUGACACACGCAUCUCUCAACGAAGCCAAGAAGGAAGCAGAGAAACAACAGCGCAAAGUUUCCGAGUUGCGGGAACAAAUCCAGAACGAUGACCGAUUAGAGCGUGCGGAAAUGUCUCUGAAAAAUACGCAAGAUCGGGCCGACGAACUGGAAUUCCAACUUUCCAAGCUCAAACAGGCCCAUGGGACUCUCAAAACAGAGCGAGACACAUUUGACAGUACUAUCAAAUCUCUCCGAGAGACCGACGAGGAAUGGAAGUCGAAGCAUUCUCUGUUGGAGGCAGAGCACGGUUCAGUUCAACGGCGACUCGAGACUGCAGUAAACGAAAGAAACGCGUUGUCGCAAGAGAAGACCGCUCUUCAAGCUGAACACCUAACUGCGCAACAAGCACUUUCGCAAUUGACGGAAAAACUUCAACAAGCGACAUCAGAUCUUGUCGCCAGCAGUCGCCAGUUGCAAACAACUCAGAAUGAGCUUAAAGCAGCCAAUCGUCGAGCAGAAGAGGCGGAGAAGACACAGAAAGACCUUCAAGCGGAAGGAACAACACUGAUGCGAUCUUUGGAUGAAAUGCGACCCAAGAUUGUGGAGUUGACUGGCGCAAAGCUCGAACUUGGAGAACGGAUUGACGGGCUUCAGCACACAAUUCGUAGUCGCGACACCACCAUUGGGCAACUGGAAGGAGAUGUGGACGAGAUCCGGGACGCGAAGGAGAAGGUUGAGCAGCGACUAAAGGAAGUUUUGGCUGAGCGAGACAAGGAUCGGGCAAUGGCUCAAGCCAAUUCUGGGGAACUGCAGAAGGCUUACGCUGAACUGCGGGAGGAAUUGGAUCUGGCUGGCGACAGCAUCCGCUCUCUAGAAGCAGAACGCGCGAGCCAUCGACAAGACAGUGCCCGUCGCUUGGAGGAGGUGGAACGACUGUCUUCCAUUUCUGAUGAGCAACGAAAUGAGAUUUCCACUCUGACCCAGGGCAUCUUGGAGCGAGAUAGUGCUCAUGAAGAAGAGCAACGUUUCUUGGAGCAAGCACAAAACGAGAUUGAGUCUCUUCGAGCAGAAGUUGCAGCAAAAGACGAAGAAAUUGAACAUCUUCGUGACGCUGUAUCACUGCCUUCUGAAGCGCCUUCAUUGGACAACGAACUGAUUAGCUCCAUGCGACAACAACAUGCUUUAGAGCUGUCAACAGCGCAAUCGCAAAUCCGCGCUUUGGAAAACUCUGUAUUCGAUGCUGAAGCUAAAUCACACAGUUUGCGGAAACAAAUCAGCUCGCUCGAAGAUCAGUUGCGUUUGGCAGGAACUCACCGCGCCAUGUCACCAAGCAUUCCAUCCUCUUCACGGCCUGUGAGUCGAGCAGCCUCGGUCCGGGCAGGGUUGGGCAAUCCAAAUGCGCCGCUUUCUCGUACCUUGUUUGACCAAAACCUCACCGCCGAAACACGCCACAAGCGCAAAGUAAGCUUGAGUAUGCUGAAGGCGAGGAUCGACUCCGAGGUUGCCGCCCACCAACAGCACCCACCAUCUCGCACUUUGUCGCCUGUUUUAUCGGUCGACGGAACAUCUCGUCCGGCAUCAACAUCACCGCCCGUCAUGGUCCACUCUUUACACCGACCACAUUUCUUGGACGAUUCUCAUGUCUUUUGGUGUCAUUCGUGUCGAGGAGAUUUAGUUGUUCUAUAA